AUAGAAACUGUCAUCUAGCAUGUUUUCAUUUUCUACUUGCAUUUCUUUUAUUAUGUAGCGAAACUUCCAAUCAUUUCAUUAAAAACCUAAACAUUCGUGAAAAGAUGUUACAAAUAUAAUUAUAAUACUAUAAAUCAACACAGACUUUCAAAAUUGCAGUUAGAACCGAAAUAUGUGGAAAUUAUUAUUUUUAUCAGUAUGCCUGUUAUGGACUGUCGCUAAAGUUGCGUGUCUUCUCCCACCCAAGUUUGCGUGGAAAACAUUAGACUUUGACUGGGAAACCCCUGAGGAUCGUGAAGAGGCUAUAUCUUCGGGGUCGUAUAUACCUGAAAAUAACAUGCCCACAGGCGUAGCUAGAUGGCAGAACAAAAUAUUCAUCACCAUUCCGAGGUGGAAAAAAGGCGUUCCUGCUUCUCUCAACUAUGUUUUAAUGGACGGUCCUCAAAACCAGACCCUGAAACCGUACCCAAGCUGGGAUGAUGGUUACGUCAAGUCAGAUACCUGUUGCCUUGGCUCCAAUAGUACAGUCGUCUCCACGUUCAGAGUUAACGUAGACAGCAAAGACAGACUCUGGGUGGUCGAUAAUGGUGCUACCGAUAUGUCUGGCGAUGUGAAACAAAUAGCUGAGCCUGCAAUCUUGGUAUUCGACUUGAAGACAGACGCUUUGAUAAGCCGCUACCCCUUGUCUGCGGAAGUUCUCAAAGAAUCUUCAGUUCUUACGAGCAUUGUUGUGGACAUAGUACCUCCAGGCAAGCCUGACAAAAAGAAAAAGGACGAAAAACCUCAGGAAGAAACUUAUGCGUACAUUCCAGACAUGGGUUCCAACGCGAUCAUAGUCUUUAAGAUGAGUUCCGGCGAAGCGUGGCGGGUGGAAAACCACUAUUUCCACUUCGAUCCUCACGCGGGCGCGUAUAAAGUAGGGGGUGUGGAGUUUUAUUGGCGAGAUGGAGUAUCGGCUUUGUCGUUGUUGCCCCCCAAGAAAGAUGGGCAGCGAGAUUUGCUUCUAUAUCCUACGUCCAGUACUAGACAAUUUAAAAUGUCAACCAAAGUGCUCAGGAACAAAAAUACUACUAAGGAGGAACUUUUCAACGCUGUCGAGGUAAUCGGCGACCGAGGCCCCAACACCCAGUCCACGGCUUGCGACUAUGACCCCAAAAACAACGUGUUAUUUUACACGCAACUCAGCAAAAACGGCUUGGCUUGCUGGAACGUGGACAGGCCGUUUGAUGCAGAUAACACGCCGCUUCUGUUCAGUGACUGUCAGAUGAUGGAGUUUCCGAAUGACGUUAAAGUGGACAACGAGAGCAACAUCUGGAUCCUCAGCGACCGCCAAUCCCGUUUUCUGUACGAAUCCAUGGAUUUCGACCAAGUGAACUUUAGGGUUCUGUCCGCGCCGGCCUCGCUCAUGAUCCAGGAGACGGCGUGCGGGAAAAAUAAAGGCGAGAGUUCAAGUGAUAAUGUGCACAAUAGUUCGAAUGAAAGUGAUAAAGGUGAAGAUGUUAGUGACAAAAUUAAUACACAAAGUGAAAAAUCUGAUAAAAAAAAAACGGGUGAGAGUGAGAAAACAGACAAAAUUACAUGGGAGAAUGACGAAAGUGUUAAAAGUGACAAGUGACAAGUUAAAUUGUUAAGAAAAAAUUGCAUCAGUACCUAAUACAUUUGUAACUGACUAGUAAAAGUGAAUAAAUAAAAAACGAAUAAAAUAA